AUGGCUGCUCCCCGCCAGUUGAUGAGAUGGACCCCCGAGGUGCACCAGGACAUCCUCAUCGCCGUCUUCCACAACUUGUCUCUCUGCCCCGAGGACUGGGCCAAAGUCAUGGCCGACCUCAAGGACAUGGGCUACUCGUUUUCCGAGAGUGCCCUUCGUCAACAUGUCCAGAAAUUACGCAAGAACCGUGAUACUGCAGGCAUCGUCGCCGCCUCCGAGCCUGGCGCCGCGACUACUCCGCGCAAGAGUGCCACUCCCACUCCCCGCAAGCGUCGCUCUGCCAAGAACAACAUUGAUGAUAUGGACGACGCCUUGAACCUCAAGAUGGAGCAGAACGAAGAUGAGGAGAUGGGCAGUCCUUGUGAGCGCCCGCGUAAGCGCGGCAAAUCCCUCCUCGCGGCUCAACUCAACGUCAUGGACGACGAGACCAAGCUCGAGGACGAGGACGGCUACUGA